AAAAAAAAAUAUGCUGAGACUAUUGGAAUUGUACAAAAAGCUAUUAAAAUCACUAUUGAAAAGGAUGAUCUGAAUAUUCUUAAGUUUUUAAAAAACUAUAUUCUUCAAAAUGAACACUCUUUGGAUAAAAAUACAACCAAAGUAUCCACUUUCAGUCAUAAAACAAGUAUACUCAAAGAAUAUCCUGAAACAAAUAUUAUUAUUGAGAAUUCACAAGUAUCUAACUCUAUAAAAAGGUUAAAAAAGGUUGAUACCUGA